AUGAUUCCUUGGGAUAUUCCAACGAGUGAUGAAGAGAUACCACGUUUAACACAUAUUUAUCGAAAUCAACAUUUUCUUGUUUGGCUUGCGGCAAUGGAUCUUGAAUCGAAAGAUAUUUAUAUUCUUCGUACUGUUGAAUGGAAGAAACUUAUUGAAAUUUCCGUUGAUCCAAAACGACAACGUGGCCGUCGAUCGAAACUUAUUUCAGAUCCAUCACCUGAACAGCCGAUGAUUUAUGAUGAAAAUUUACCUAUUCCAACUUGUGCUCUGUAUCCACCGACUGGUAAUUUCAUGUAUUCGGCUAUUUUUUGUUAG